AUGGAGACUGUCCUCGAUUCUGUUGGUGAUGAAAAGACUGUCCGAGUCUUUGGCCAUGAGAUGCCCAAGUCGUUGUUCGUGGUUCGUCUCUUCUACUUGUUGUAUUACGCUUCCUUUGGAUCACUUUUCCCGCUUUUGGCCGUUUAUUUCAAACAAUUGGGAAUGACGCCGGGCCAAGCCGGUCUGUUGUUGGGAAGUCGACCAUUGGUCGAAUUCUUGGCGGUCAGAUUCUGGAGUGUGUUUGCCGAGCAGUUCAAAAAAGGUGAAUUUUUCUUUUACAAUUAUUUGAUAAAAAACAGUAAUCGGAUUCGAUGAAACUACAUAGAUCGCAGUAUGCAGAAGCAGCUGAAAUAUAAAAAUAAUUUUUGAUACCGAAGUAAUAAAAAUACUUUGCAGGCAAGCUCCUCCUCUUAUUUUCCCUAGGCACUUUCAUCGUUUUCACUUUGGCCGUUGGAUUUGUCCAACCCGCAACUCCAUUUUGUGUCGUCCUUGACAAGAAUUCCAGUGGAGGUGAAUGCAAACUCUUGAGACCGGCCAGUGAAAUCAUCCGAGGAGGAGCCAUCGGCUUCAUCAAACAGGCGGCCGGCUUCGGCCGAAGGCGGAGGAGAGAUGUCCCCAAUCGUAAGUGAAAAUAAUUGUUUUUACUUUGAAUCUUGCAAUCGGAAUUGCACUGUGAAAACAAGUAAAGUAAAGAUUUUGCUUUUAGAGAUUAUUGACAAGAUCAUUGAUUUGAGUAGCUAUGAUGAUGAGGAUGAUCGGAUUAUUGGAAAGGCCCCCGAAUACAUUACCUCGGACAAAGUCUGUAACUACGAAGAAAGCCAAUACGGAGUGUUGGUCAGUCCACCUCACAGUACCCGAGUCUACAAGGAAGCCGGGGUUGAGCAGGCCUUCAUGUUGUUAUGGCUGUUAGUCGCUUUAGGGGAGUUGUUCUCAGCACCGGCCAUCGCCUUGGCCGAUGGAUAUACGCUGGGGAUUUUGCCGGACAAAAAAGAGGUCAGUGGGAUACAGUUUGGCAAAAACAUUAGGUUUAAAGCUCUCAAAUUAUUAGAAUCCCGGUCAUAUCAAAAUCAUCUUCUUUCAGUUCGGCAAGAUCCGUCUCUUCGGCAGUGUUGGCUGGGCCCUGGCCAUGUUGGUGAUGGGAAUUGGCCUCGAUUACUCCGACACCUUCCGCAACCAUCCCUGUCCCACUAACAACACCACCGAGAAGAAUUACACUCUCUGUUUUGUGGCGUGCACAAUCUUUGCCUUGGCCUCGAUGGCUGUGGCCACACAAUUUAAAUUCAGCCCAAGCCAAGGCCAUCGGCCAGAUGAAGUCCAGGGAUUGGUGAUGGACACUCGAUUGGAAGAGGUGGACCCAGCAAUCGCUCAGAAGGCCCGAGGAAAACAGCUUCAAGCAGAUGCGAGCAAAGAGCAGAUCGCCUGGAUCCAGGCCUUGAGGGCGAUGAUGAAUAUCCACUUUGUUUUGUACAUGCUGGCUGUGGUCUGUGUUGGGAUUGGGGCGGGAAAUAUCUUUGCUUUCCUAUUCUGGCAUAUGCAGGUGAGUUGCAAAAAUUUUUUUAAAUAGUCUGAAAAUUUUUGCACAGUGAUGAAUUUUUAUAUGAUCAUCAGAUUUAAGCAAAGAUAAAAAGUUUGAACGUUGUGUGAAUGUGUGUUGUAAUCAUUCGACCAGUGAGUAGCUCGCAUGUUAAAAUAAUUUUUCUUCAGGAUCUCGGAGGUCAUCCAAUUCUCUUCGGUAUUUGCUCGGUUGUGAACCAUGCCGCGGAAAUCGGCGCUUACUUCCACUCAUUCAAGUACAUCAAUCAAUAUGGAUAUGUUAAGGUGGGCCGACUUGUUUUCAGACCGAAAUUGAGAUUUUUCGAACAAAAAUUUUUGAAUUUUUUUGUCAUAAUUUUUUUGAUGACAAAAAUUCUGAUUUUAAAAACUAUUUUCUAUUUUAUUUUUCCCUUUUCAGACUAUGUACGCCUGCCUCGGCGCGAAUACGAUCCGUUUUCUGCUGAUCUCCUGGUUCUCCAACCCCUGGCUGAUAGUCCCAUUACAAGCUGUCCAAGGGGUUACCCUGGCCAUUGUCUGGUCCAUGGCCUCGUCCUAUGUCUCCAUUGUAUCUCCGCCCCAUCUGAAAGCCACUUCCCAAUACAUUUUGUCCCUUCUUUACAAUGGAUUGGGAAAAGGAAUCGGCCCAAUUAUUGGGGGAAUGAUAAUUACAUCCAGUGGUAUGCUAAUAUAAUUUUAAAACUGUAUUUUAUACCAUGAGGGGCUUACUGUAUUCUUCAGGGAGUCGUUUCCUUUUCGUGCUGAUCGCUCUUUUCAAUGGAGCUGUUUUGGGAGCGAUGUAUGGGAUUAACAGAGCUCUGAAAUACGAUGGAAUCAAGUAUCAAAAUCAGUUCGAGGAUGAAGAUGGAGACGCUCUAGGAGGUAGGAAACAUAUAUCUACCGUUGACCGACCUCUUUUAGAUGUAAAUUUGACACACAAUUAUGCUAUACUAAGCUUUUGAACAAACUUUGAAUAUUUAGUCGUUUCCUUGAUUAUAUCUCAAUAUUUCAGCCCCACAAGGUCUGCCGAUGCACACAGACCCCAACAAGAUUACCGAGGCAUUCAAUCAGACCACCAUUAACAACGCUAAUUACGGCACAAUCGAGGAAUCAAACCCCCAGGACGACGCCUACGAUCGAUAUGUCAGCAAUCCCUUCAAAUAA